UAUAUACAUGCAAUCCUCUUUGUAUUCAUCCAUCCAUCCACACAAACACUCACAUCGCAUUGUCAUUUAGUUGUUGAGCCAUUCAACACUUGCAUCUGUUUCUGAAGAGCAAGUUUUGGAGCCUAUACUUCACCUUGUUCUGGUUUUGUUCUAGUAGUUCAGAGGGAGAACGUUUCAUCAGUGCAAGAGGUUGAGACAGGGUGAAGAGAUGGAGGAUGUGGUGAAGUUCAUCUUUGGAAUUUUUGGAAAUGUCAUUGCUCUCUUUCUCUUCCUAUCCCCUGUGCCUACGUUCUGGAGGAUCAUCAGGAGGAAAUCAACAGAGGACUUCUCAGGAGUUCCAUACAGCAUGACUCUCCUCAACUGCCUCCUGUCAGCCUGGUACGGCCUCCCGUUCGUGUCCCCGAACAACAUCCUGGUGUCGACGAUCAACGGCGCGGGCGCGGCGAUCGAGAUCGUGUACGUGGUGAUCUUCCUCGUCUUCGCGUCGAGCCAGCGGACGCGGCUGCGGAUGCUGGGCCUCGCGUCGGCGGUGGCGGCGGUGUUCGCGGUGGUGGCGCUGGUGUCCAUGGUGGCGCUGCACGGGCAGGGGCGGAAGCUCUUGUGCGGCCUCGGCGCCACCAUCUGCUCCAUCUGCAUGUACGCAUCGCCGCUCUCCAUCAUGAGGCUGGUGGUGAAGACGAAGAGCGUGGAGUACAUGCCGUUCCUGCUGUCGCUGGCGGUGUUCCUGUGCGGCACCUCGUGGUUCGUCUACGGCCUGCUCGGCCGCGACCCCUUCGUCGCGAUCCCCAACGGGUGCGGGAGCUUCCUGGGCGCCGUGCAGCUCGUGCUGUACGCCAUCUACCGGAACAGCGGCAAGGCCGGCGGCAGCGCGGGGCGGGACGGCAAGCCGCAGGGCGACGCCGACGUGGAGAUGCCCGACGCGAGGAGCAGCAAGAAGGUCGCCGCCGACGACGGAGUCAGCAAGGAGGACCACCAGGUCUAGCCGGAUCGAUCGAACGAUCGAUGGAAUAAUUGCAUACCGUAUAUAUCUGAUUACGUAGAUUAGCACGUGUGUUCGAUGUCGUUUCAAUCUCUCUCUUUAUCUCGUUUCGUUUGUGAGUGUCAUGUGUUUUCCCCUUGCAAGUCAACGUUCCCUCCUGUGUCGUGAUUGAGAAUGGACUGCAAUGUGGACGAGAGUGCCUGUAAUACUACUGUCCUUUACUCGUGAUCUUUACAUGGUUACGAAUCAAAGUUAUCAACGUCUUGCAGCUA